CAAACCAGUUCCCUUUUUUUAAAAUUUACUCACAUCUUUCUUCUACUAACUUAGGCUGGUGAGAUCUCCUUGGAGCCUCACGCACUUUCCGCACCAUCACUUCAUUUAUUUUUCCUCGGCACGAUCUGCUGGGGCUGUCCAUUUCACUGCGAGAAUUGCGAACCCCCAUUAUUUGAUGGGUGAUGGACAGCAACAUAUCUGAAUGGACCACAACCAAGAACAAUUCCGAACUGGACCAACCAAACGCAUUGGGACUGUUGACGUUACUAUCUAUCUCCCUUGUCUCUCCAUAGGACACUCACAAAUCCAGCAACGGGUAAAAUAACAAGAACAUCGCUCAGCCAAACAAGAGAAGAAGCUCUAAUGAUCAAAGUUCCAGCUGCUCCAUCUACCAAUCGCAUGAAUUGCACAACCGAAGAAUGGCCCUCUUUGGGGACUCCCCAAGUCAACACCCCAUCCGAAGUGGCAGAUAAAGGAGGAGACGACUGGGAAAUGCUGUCGCCUUCGGACAGUGGCCAGAUGGGUGAGAACGGAGAAGAGGUAGUCCUUUCCAUCCCCAGGCCUCUAAAGAAGGGUCUGACCCGAAAGAAUUCCGCGUCGGCACCGGAUCUUCGAGUGCUAGAUGGUGAAGAGGACUAUUCCUUGCUGGAUGCACAGACGCAUCUAUCCUCCAGCGUUGUCGUGGUACCCUCCGUGGCAGCCAGCUCAGACGCCAAGAAUCCAUGGCUCAACAAGAACAAGGUAUCCUUCAAAGAUGCCAUCUUGACACCCAGCAAGUAUGUUCCAUCCGAAAAGACCAAGACGACAGCUGCUAUUCCCCGUGCGAAAAACAAGGUCAAGUCCCGCUACGUCGUGACACCCAUCAAACGCUGUGCCAAGAGCACUGGUGAUUUGUUAGCACUGGCAGAACAAGAAAUGGACGAAAUCUUGGGAGAAAGCGACGCACAGGAAUAUUACCAGCGCAAAUCUCAUGGGGCUCAUGGACGCACCAAUGGAAUGAAGCAACGCCCUGAUGAGGCCAAGCGCAAAGACAUGAUUGUGCAAAAGAAAAAUAUGCAGAGGCAGCAGCAAGGCAGGUAGAAGAAAACCCAUCCAGGCAAAAGGACAACAAAACCAGUGCAUUAAUCAAUCAUCGUCAACCGCCCCCCAUCCACAAGAAACUUCACGCGCAAGCUAUGCUAUGGUUCCUCAUCCACAACAACACAACAACAGCAAAACCUAUGAAUACAGGGGCGUCGGGGGGAAAGGACAACAACAAUACAACUUGACCUCGGGACUUGCCUCCAUCAGUUAACUUUAAAAAUACUCUAUUUCGCAACAAGGAUUCCAAACUCUGGAGGAUUCGUACCGGUGUGGUUCAUCCCAGUUAAGUGAAGCCUCGUAGGAGGAUGUGAAUAGCCGAUUCGGGCCUUUCGACCAUACGGUUCUACUGCGUCG